CAACAAUGUCGAAAUGGAGAAGUGGAAGUUAACAAUGUGAAGAUCUUAAAUUGUCGAGUUUGUUGCGUCGAAAUUUUACGGGACCUCACAGACAAUUCAUGAAAGUUUCAUCAGUUCUUGGACUACAAAGAACCUUGCAGACCAUGUCGUCCGAAGUAGUCAUCACAGCCAUUGAGCCAGUCCGUGGCCCUGGUGAUGGCAUGGAAACGGACAAGCCUACGAUAACCCAGGAGAUGUCCACAGAGAAGGCUCCACUCCUGAAAGUGGCUACCCCGAGGCACAGCCCACGGGCAGUUGCCGUGACGCCCCAGUCGCCAGGUGUACUGCACUUGGGGAAGGUGAGCAGGGAGGCUUGUACAGAGGUGGAAGCGGUUCGGAUCGUGGUUCCACGUGCAGCUAUCAGCAGGAGCGGACGCACGGUGACUCAGACGGAGGGGAAAGGGGAGGAGAGAGGUUCGUCUCCGGUUCUGCACGGGGACGAGCAGCCCCCCUCUCCCACAGAACCCCAGGACUGGAAGAGUGCCCUGGAGAAGCUGCAGAACUCAGAGCGCAGACUGCUACAGGACAAAGAGGGCUUGUCCAAUCAGCUACGUGUUCAGACCGAGGUUAACAGAGAGCUUAAGAAGCUGUUGGUGGCCUCGGUAGGCGAUGACCUGCAGUAUCACUUUGAGCGACUUGCGCGGGAGAAGAACCAGCUGAUCCUGGAGAACGAGGCACUGGGCCGCAGUCUGGCCCACACUGCAGAGCAGCUGGAGCGUAUGAGCAUUCAAUGUGAUGUGUGGAGGAGCAAGUUCCUCGCCAGCAGAGUGAUGGCUGAGGAACUAACCAAUGCCAGGGCCGCUCUGCAGCGCCAAACCAGAGAAGCCCAAAGCGCCAUCCAGGACCUGCUGAGUGAAAGAGAGGAAUUCUCCAGGGAUAUGAUGCACACACACAGGGCUCUGGAGCAGCUCCUGGUCUCCCUGCAGUACGGGAGACAGCAAACCUAUUACCCCAGUGCCCAACCGCUGAGCACCGGUGAACUGGCUGCAGCCAAUCACAAACUUGCUGAUGCCAUCAACUCCCACCUGCUGGGAAAUGUAGGCAACAACAAGAGCGGCGUGAAGGGCAGUCAGAUGUCAGAACUCUGUAACACACCAGCUGAGAAGAUGGCAGAGAAGGUGCUGAGGAUUCUAGACCCCAUAUCUUGUCCAGAUGGCGAGGGUGAGGUGCCUCUAUCUGACAGCGGGUCCUCGCCCUUCUUACCCAAUAAGAAGAGCAUUGGGCGUUUCCACCCAUACACACGCUACGAGAACAUCACCUUCAACUGCUGUGAACGCUGCAGCGGUGAACUCCUGGUUCUCUAGGCCAAAGGCUGUGGAGGUUUUUUUUUUGUUUGUUUGUUUGUUUUGUUAUGGGUUACAGACAAAAUGCUUUUCCAGUGUGUGAAAUUAUGCCUUUUUACUUUCAUAAUUGUCAUUCUUCAGAGACUGGUUUGGUGAUUUAAGGGCUUUGUUCUCCCUAAGCAAAAAAAGGCAGAACAAAAAAUAAGCACAGUACUUGAAAGGGUCAGGAUGGGAUAUACGCUGUGUCCAGUCCAGAGUGACCCCCCCCCGCCGACUAAAGCUGCUCUCUGUAUCCUGCGUUACAGUGACUCUGGCUCAUUUAAUACUGUCUAAAUAAUUGGCCUCCUAUCACAAAGGUUACUUUGCAUUACUCAGUCUGCAUUAGCAAUGUUGCAUGACAAAUCUUGCUGCUGUAUAUUGUAAUAUGAAAUAGAAUUUGGAGUUUAAAACAAUACCAUAGGAGUUUUUCCCUAUCAGGGUUAGAUUAUCACAAAGAGAAGGAAAAGACAAGAUGAAAUAAUCCACGAAAAAAGUUAAACUACGGCCAAUAAAAAAAAACUCCCGUGAGAUUAUGAGAUGGCCACUGACUCACCAGCAUCUUUUUACACCAGAUGGUCUAUGUGGCACAGUGAACCUCUUAUUUACAUAACCAAAGAGAGGACCCGAACUGACAUUUAAACUACAGUCACCAGCAGUGGAUGUAGAAUGGCUCUAAUUGGUUAACUUUAUUGCACUGUAUUUGAUAUGAUGUAAAGGCUACCAUUUUAAAGAACCACCCCCCCCAAAAAAUUGUAAGGAUUAGCAUUUUAGCUUGACUAGCUAAUCGUGAAUGUUGAUAAACAUUGUUAUAGACUGAUUUUUCUAUUUUGUAAAAGAUCUCAUUUUCACACCAAUGUUUCCUGACAAGGACAUUAUGAGAAACCCAUCUCAGAUUCAUUUUGGAUUUAAGACAUGGAAUUAAUUUAUUAUGACAUAUUUUGAUGAGUUACUGUGAGUAAUGUAUUGCUGAGUUUGCUGUGUAUAAAGAGAUUACUUUUUUUUAAGACUUGGAGUUGAGUUUAAAGUAGUUCAGAUCAUGUACCUAAAGUAACUUCUCUUUUGCUAUUUAUUGACUUUUAUGAGAGUUGAUGAACGCUGACAGAACCUGUCAAAAAAAGCAACCUGACGGGAUGCAGUAUUGGUAUGUGCAGUAAUUAGAUGUGUAAGUGGAGGAGCUCAUUUUUGAAAGAUGUUUUCUUUGCUCCAGUAAGACUUGGCGGUGGAGUCGUGGAGCACAGUAUUGUGAUGGUGUAUUUGCACAGGAGUGGAAAACCUGGAAAUAGUUGAAUUAUACUUUGCCUCAGUCUUGUGAAUGAAAUCAAAGGUCCUGCAUCUGUAGUGAGGUACAGUGGACAAUUAAACAUUUCCUUUU